AUGGUUAAACAACUCAAUCAUCCUUUAUAUGGACCUAUAAAAGUAUUUAAGAAUUGUUAAGACAAAUAUUAAUGUUUACGGACAUUCACUGUAUAGGAAGAUGAAGCAAAUAAAAUAUAUGAAGAAUUUUAAUAGUUGAACCAAGAAUAAGUAUUUUAUAUUCUUAUUGUAAUAGUAUAAUUUAGUGAGAAUAAAUAAAAUUGAACAUGAAAUUGAAUCAUAAUUAUGUUCAAAAUUUCACAAAAUUCAUUUAACAUUAGAUUAUACAGAAAAACACUUAAAAAAUAUAUAUCAAAUUAAUGUGCAAAAAUUUAGUAUUGAUAUCCUAAAAACAUUAAGCUUUUUAAAUUCACGUAAAAUAGACACAUGUUAAUUUUGUCUAUCUAAAUUAUUAAUUUUUGGAGAUUAAGUGAAAAUUGUAUACUAAUAAUUACUUUCAUAAUAAAGUGAUUAUUAGUGUAUAUUAUCUGGAGAUUUAAAAUGUGAAGAUUGGUAUUUUGCACCAGAAGUCAUGAAAUGUUUAAGAAUGAAUGAUUCAAAAACAUUUAAUAAUGAAAAAGCUACAAUAUUUAAUUUUGGAUUGAUUAUGAUUGCAAUAUAUACUGAAACUACUCCAUAUGAAGCAGAAAUUUAUAAUUAUGAGAAAUGUUGUUUGACUGAAAAAUUCGAUAAAUAUAUUAAUUUAUUUACAUAAUUUCAUUUAAAUAGUAAAAAUUACAUAUAAUAAUUAAAUAGAAAAAUUAGAAAAAUUAAUAUUAGCUUGUGUUAGUUUUAUUCCUGAUAAAAGACCAACUUAUUAAUAAUUAUUAGAUGAAUUCAAUUAUCCCUCAAUAUUUGAAUAAUAAGUUGAAGAUUAAUCACCAUCUCCAUAAAAAACUGACUCUACUUAUUUAAUCCCCACAAAUCAAUUAGUUUCUUUCAAUCCAACAGUCAUGGAUGAAAGAGUUCUAUCUGAUACAACAAAUUAAAAAUUAAAUGAUAAUCAAAAUAGAAUAUUAAUGAAGAAGAUUGAUCAAGAAAAGCAUUAAAACACACCAAUUUGUUAAUCACCUAAAUUUAGAUAAGAAACUAUGUAGACAUAAACAACAAUUGGUAAUUUGAAAUCUACAAAAUUAUAUGAUUUGGAUAAAUUAUAAAAGAAGUAAUCCAGGAAUAAAUAAAAUUAAAGCAAAUCUUAAUAAAAAAGCAAUUAUACUAAGAAAUUUUGA